AAUGGAUUUGCUCUCAUUUUCUUGUGUACGACCACAUACUAUCUUUUCUAAAAGAUAUUAUUUAAAAGUAUUGGAUGAUGAGGUUAUAAUAUCUGCAGUAACCUAACCUUGUUAUUUAGUUCAACAAUUACAAGAAUCCUAAAUAUUGUCUUGAACUCAAAUUAUCAACCUAAAUUCUUUGGAAAAUGGGAAAGUAAAAUUUGAAAGCAUUUGGAAUAUUUUACUAAAAUAAAAUCAAAUAUUUUGAAGCUUAACAUGUUUGUUUAGAAUAAUUCAAAAAAUUGAUUGGUGGAAGAGUAAUAUAUAGAAAUAUGGCUUCAUUCUAUGAACCAACAUAAUUUAUAGGAGAAGGAUUAUCAGCAAAGGUAUUUUACUUAAUUAAAUAACAAAUUUAGGUGUAUAGAAGCAUAGAGAAAUAAACUUAAAAGGCAGUAGCAGUAAAAAUGAUUAAACAAGAGUUUGGAAAAGAAGAACAAGCUUUGGUAAAUGAUUAAUAUAAUACUUAAUUAGGAAAUUGUCAAAACGGAAGUACAAAUAUUACAGUCUCUAAAUCAUCCAAAUAUUAUCAAGGUACUUGAGGUUUAUGAAAAUGACCAGACAUUUUGGAUUGUAUAAGAUUUUGUAUAAGGAACUCCUUUGAGUGAUAUUUUAAAAUAAAAACUACCAACUGAAUAGAUAAAGAAGAUAAUGAGUGUAUAUAAACAUCAUAUAUCAAUAGAGUUUGUUAAAUACUAUAAGUUAUUUACAAUCACUAAGAAUUGUUCAUAGAGAUAUUAAACCAGAAAAUAUAAUAGUGGAGAAAGAUGGUUCAAUUAAAGUAAUUGAUUUUGGAUUUGCUGCUAAUUUGAAAUUUGGGUCUGUAAGUAGUGUAUGUGGAACACCAGGCUAUUAUGCACCUGAAGUACUUAGAUAAAAAGAAUCAAGUUUUAAUUCUGAUAUGUUCAGUGUUGGUGUUGUGUUAUUUAAUUUGUAUUAUUAUUAAACUAUAUUAGAAUCACAAAUUAACCCAUGCUUAAAUCUAAGAUGUACAAUGCUCAAUAAUAUGUAGAAGAUGAAGAAGCUGCUGAUUUGUUAAAAUAAAUGUUAGAAGUUGAUCCAGUUAUGAGAAUCACAGCUUUAUAAGCACUCUAACAUCCUUAUUUUAAAGGUUUUUAAUAAAAUAAUGAGAAACAUUAAACUUCUGAAGAUCAAAUAUUAUAACAAAAAUUGGUAAUUAAUUAAUAACAACAAUAUUAACCAUUAAAAAAAAGUAAUCAAAGUUUAGAUGCUAAAACAAUCAAAUCUCUCAGAACUACUAACAUUAUGGACUAAUGA